CUCCCAGCUGAGUCUCGCGAGGACAGCUUAAUUCGUCGUGAGAAAAGAAAGAUUAGCAAAUGGAGAUGGCAUUCAUGGUCGCUGUUUGAACGCUGAAAGGUGCAGCGCAGAAAGCCGGCCAUGUCUGAAUCUCUGUACGAGAAGUUUCUGGCCCCAGAGGAGCCGUUCCCUCUCCUCUCCCAAAGAGCCAACCUCAGCGAUGUGGGAACGCUGGACGUCAGCGAGUUCAGCUGUCAGCUCUCAUCUUGUCACAGAACAGACCCUCUACACCGUUUCCACAGCAACAGGUGGAACCUCACUUCCUGUGGGACCAGCGUAGCCAGCUCAGAGUGCAGUGAGGAGCUCUUCUCCUCCGUGUCGGUCGGCGAUCAGGACGACUGCUACUCCCUGCUGGACGACCAGGAACUGACAUCCCUGGAUCUGUUUCCGGAGGGCAGCGUCUGCAGCGACGUCUCCUCCUCCAUCAGCACGUACUGGGACUGGUCCGACAGCGAAUUUGAGUGGCAGUUGCCGGGAAGCGACAUCGCCAGCGGCAGUGACGUCCUCUCUGACAUAAUCCCAAGCGUGCCGAGUUCACCAUGUCUGUUCUCCAAGAGGAAACCGAAAUCACACACCCACCGCAACCUGGACGAGCUGCCCUGGAGCGCCAUGACCAAUGAUGAGCAGGUGGAGUACAUAGAGUAUUUGAGUCGGAAGGUGAGCACAGAGAUGGGCCUGAGGGAGCAGCUGGACAUCAUCAAGAUCAUCGACCCGUGCGCUCAGAUCUCUCCCACCGACAGCGAGUUCAUCAUCGAGCUCAAUUGCCUCACCGAUGAGAAGCUCAAACAGGUGCGGAGCUACAUCAGGGAGCACAGCCCCCGGCUGAGAGCCAGCAGCACCAGGGAGGGCUGGAAGAGGAGCAGCCACAGCAGCGCCAGCACCGGGGGGGUGAGCGGCAUCAGCAGCAGCAACGCCAGCAUGGUCAGCUCAGCCAGCUCCUCCACGGGCUCCACGGCCUCCAACUCUGUGGCUGGUGGCACCGCCUCAGCCUGCAGCGGGAGCAACAUCAGCAGAGCUCACAGCGAUGGAAACCUGUCGAGCGCCGCCGAACGCAUCCGAGACUCUAAAAAGCGAUCAAAGCAGCGGAAGCUCCAGCAGAAAGCGCUCCGCAAGCGUCAGCUGAAGGAGCAGCGGCAGGCGCGUAAGGAGCGCCUGAGCGGCCUCUUCCUGAACGAGGAGGUGCUGUCGCUACGGGUGACAGAGGACGACCACGGAGACGACCUGGACAUACUGAUGUGACACCAGUGAACCAAUCAGUGCUCCCUCUAGGCCUGCAAGCUUUCUGCCUAACCCGACGCGUUUCGUCCCAGUUCGUGUGUUUGGCAGUGUUUCGCUUCCAGUGGCCUGCGACUUUAGCUCAACAUGCUAGUGCUUCUACUGCAACUCUGUAAUAACGCUGCUGACGCUUUGAGAAAAUACCAAUCUCGGUUUAGCUUGCUUAGCACCACAGGCUAGCUGACACACAGCUAGCAACAAGAGGAUUGCUGCUUAGAGAAGCUUUUAUCAGCUGAUGCUACUAGAACCACGACAGACAGGAGGGCAGAUCAGGAAUCACUGUUUUUUUUUUUUUUUUUUUUUCCCCUACAAAAUGCUCAAUGAAAACAUUUCCAUAAUUUUUCUCUUCUUCAAAAUAUUAGAAGUUGCAGUAUGUAACUUUUUAAAUGUUUUUUACGUAUUUGUCAAAACUGUCGCUGUGUCGUGACAAUAUGCUGAGACAGAUGAUGUAUGGGAAAAAAAUCAAGCUCCACCCACCAGCUGAAAAAAAACAACCAAUCAGAGGCUGGAGGAGGUUCUUAUUGUUGUCAAUCAUGCUUGCGUAUGCACUUGGUAAAUGGGCUAAUGGCAGAAACUUUUUUUUCAUAAACAAUAGACUUCAUAACAUAAAAAACAUACAAACGUAACGACAACGACUGUUUUACAUUUAACAUUCUUUUCAGAUAUGUUUUAAAUAUUCCCCACUGACAAACUUACACUUGGCAAACGUAUAAGCAAUUGGGUUAACUACUUUUAACAUAAGAGUAUGCAAGUAAAUGAACAGGGGAAAAAAACUAAAAACAGUACAAUUAAGAAUUAAAAGCAAACAAAAAUAUAGUGUAAUGGGGUUACUAUUACAGAAAAAUCUAUUAUCUGCUGUCAUUGGUGGCCAUGCUAGCUAGCAUCAGCAUUAGCAAACUGAGCAAACCCAGUAAAACUAAGUUAAAAAUAAAAAUAAAACUUAGGGUUUAUAGCUGAGAAACGACGUACUGUGACAGGAAAACAGUUUAUCCACCACCAUUAAUGGUCGCGCUAACUAUCAUUAGCAUUAGCAAUCAAAACAAAAAAAAAAAACAGUAAAA